AUGAGUGUUGUGAGCAAGGGUGUGACUACGAGUAUGAACAAUGCUGUUGUGGAAGAGCUAACACCCGCUGAGGGUGACCUAACAUUCGACGCGGAGCAGCAUGACUUGACCCAUGACCAGAGUGUGGCUUUAGAACGGGUCAAGGCCCAAUAUCCCUCCUUUGCGGUGCUAGGGUUGGGCAAGACGGAUAUAGAGGAACACAUAAUAGAGGUCACAAACGAAAAUCUCCCGGUGAAGCAAAGGCAUUAUCGUAUCUCGCCCGCUAUCCAGAAACUUAUAUAUGCAGAACUAGACAGGAUGUUGGAGAUGGGCGUGAUAGAAGAGAGUAAUAGCAGCUGGAGUUCUCCUGUUUCGCUGGUGGUAAAGGGUACGAAGAACCGGCUUUGCCUGGAUGCGCGAAAG